UUAUGGGAUAUAGUCCUCCGGCGGCGCGGUGCCGCCAUGUCUCCCCGAGAGAAGCGGCGGAUCGCGCUCUUCUCACUGGCGGGACUGCUCGUCGCGAUCCUUUGCCUUGCCCUCGUGUUCAUUCCGACCGUUGUAUAUGCAGUAUUAAUUUCUGCGGUUAUUUCAUUUUCUCUGGUUUAUCAUUUGAACGGACCGCAACAACAGAUUCGUAUAGGCCCACCUCCUCGAGCUGGCCUGACUUUACUGCCCGCUGUUAAACGCUGGUUACCGGGCAAGACUGCUAACGGUUUCUCAUCCCCUGGCAGCCGAGGUUUUCGUGGACAGCUGAGGGGAGAUAUUCGGGAGUCAGCGGGUCACAUUGUCAACCGUUCUCACAAGUCGGAAGCAUCGGCUGAGGACAGCAGUGGGUCCUUAUUGUUUAGUCCUAGCGAUUUUCAAAUGGGGAGCUACCUGGCCAAGACUGAGAAUCCCUCGGUGGCUGGAGGAACCCGCGAGUUACGGGAAAAAUUAUCUCGGCCCAACCACUACGUGCAGAGUCCGAACCGGAGGUUGUCUUUCGGGGAUCACGUGGGUCAUUGCAGAUUUACAGUUACACCUCAUCGUCGAUAUGCCAUUCAGCAGGCUGGGUAUAGUUCUAUUGGAGUGUUGCCUAGUGUACAGUGGGAUGGCUUUCAUAAGAAAAGUGUUCUUUUGCCACGCAACUCGGCCAUGCCGCACAGUCCGGUGACAGUGAAGAUUGCACGACCAGAUUCUGGAAAAUUUCGGUCUCCGUUCCUUGAAAAUCUGGCUUCUCCAGUGACUUUCCAGUCUCCCCUGGCAGAACCCUCAACAGUAACUGUUUCAGAUCCCUGUGCAAAGGAAACUGUGCUGAAUGCACUAAAGGAGAGUAGGAAGAGAAGGGUGGAAGAAGAGGAGGAAAGAAGUUUCAAUGAAGAACAAGACAACAAAAGAAGACGGCAUGACAGUAGUGGGAGUGCACAUUCUGCUUUUGAGCCACUUCUUGCAAAUGGAUCUCCUUCCCUUCUCAUUCCCAAGCCGGGAACCCUCAAACGGGGUUCCAACUCGCUUGUCUUGGAGGAUACUGUGAUGAAAAGGUCCCGCACUUCCACUGGGAACUCGCAGAACUGUGGUGUUCCAGGAUCAGCGCGCAAUCCUGUCCUCAGCUCCUAUAGUUCCUUGCGGGGUUAUUCUAAGUGGAAGAAAAAUUCCACCUUUAACACAUCUCCACUCUCCAGCCCUGAAUCUUCUCGGCCUCAGACGCCAGAACGGGCACCCAAAAAACCCAGGGAUGAUGAGAUUCAGCAGUCCCACUCCUCCACUCCAGUUAAACAGACAAAAGUAUGGAAGGAGCAACCUGCAAAAACAGACAAGCCCUCUCCUCAGCUUAACUCUACAUCUCCCACCACUACUCCUAAUUCUACAUCAGCAUCCCCAGGUGAUUCUUCUGAAGCUGUAGGCAAACGCAAACGCAAGAUCCCUUUGGUGUCCUGCCGUAGGGGAGAGCAGAUCGCACUGCCCCCGCCACCAGAACUAGGUUAUAAAAUCACUGUAAGUGAUCUUGAUUUUGAGAGGAAAGCAGUAUUGAAUAGGAUAAAAAAGGUCUUCGAGGAGGCAGAUCCAUCCAGAUCAUCUGAUUUACCAUCGACGUCCACACAGAGCCCAUUGUCAACAAUAACACCAGCCACAGCUGUCUCUUCUGCUCCUGGUAUAUUAUUGGAUUGGUCUAAACAAAACUCCACAUUCACUUCAAGCUUUUCACCCAUCACAAGUUCACAAGCGAUUUCUACAGUUGCUCCACUCACUUCCUCUGGGCUUACCUUGUUACCUAACUCCACAGCUACUUUGACUACUUUGACUACUACGCCUAUUGUCACUUCUUCUCCAGCAAAUCCUGAUAAUUCCACCAUUACCAGUCCUUUGCUGCAGUCUUUAGGGAAUAUACCAAACAUGUUAGAGGCUGCCCCAGGCACCACCACAACUCCUGCAUCUAAUGUAGAUUCUGGGAUUGCUCCUGCUUCUACUCCAGGGAAUGCUGCUUUAGCUGCCAAUGAUGAUACAGUCUCUUCAAAGAAGAACAGUGACGUUCCUAAAGCUAAGACCAUAUUGGACUUUGGGGUCCCUGCUUCACAGGCUACUUCAAGUCAGACAUCUAGCUCUUCUACUUCAGCUUUUGGACAGUUACUUAAAUCUCCCCUCCAAACUACAGCGAAUAGCUUGGCCCUUCCAGGACAGCUGAGCAACACCCAAUCUACUGCCCCUCCUGUAUCUACUACCUCAUUUAGCAGUGCCCCUGCAUUCUCUGCUUUCAAACCUGUUUUUGGUGCUCCAACCACUAAGGCUGCAUCUCCCGUGUCAACACCAGCUCCAGCAGCCACCUUUAAACCCAUAUUUGGAAAUGGCACAGCUGGUAUCACAUUUGGAUCGCCAAUGACUUCUAUAGCAUCCUCAACUUCAAAUUCUAUCUUUACUACACCGUCCAAAUCCCAGAUGACUUCCACAACUGAAGUUGCAGCAAAACCUGUCUUCACUUUUGGCAAUGCUUCGGGAAAUUCUGUUGUGAACAGUCAAAAUACCCAGACCACCACAACCACAAAUAGCACUUCCCAAGUCUUCCAGUUUGGUACCAGUUCAGUUGCAACAACCACUUCUGGCAUGCCCUUCAGCUCUACACCUGUUUUUUCUCUUGGGAAGGUGCCAUCCUUAAGCACAUCUGCUGCUGCCACUACGUCUACCACCCUAGCUCCUACAUCCCAGGCAACCUUCACCUUUGGCUCAUCCUCCACUGAUCAAAAUGCAGCCACUAAUACGUUUGGUAGCUUUAGCUCUGUUACAGCUGCACCCAGAACCACCACAGCAACCCAGGCCACAUUUGGUUUUGGAAAUUCAGUAUCGUCCACAUUAAACAACCCUCCAUUUUCUGCUACAAUAACAAGCCCUUUUGGAGGAGCAGUGACGUCCAAUGCCUUUGGCAGCUCAUCAGCUAGCUCCACUGUUCAGCCGGCUGUGACAAAAUCAUUCACAUUUUUAGGUACGAGUACUACUCCUUCAUUCAACUUUGGCAGCCAGCCCACUACAACUGCACCUGCAUUUGGAGCAAAUAGUCAGCCUUUGUUUGGGAAUACUUCUGCCACGUUCUCCUUUGGGAAAAACACCACAACUGCUACAGCAGCUCCAAUAUUUGGAUCCAACACACAGACAUCCUCUAGCUCGACUAGUAGCUCAGUUUUUGGGGCCACCCAUACUGCACCAACAGGGUUUUCUUUUGGAUCCCAAGCCAGUGCUCCCACUAUUCAGAGCUCCUCUCAGUCAGGCACAGGAGGGUUUAACUUUGCAGCAGCCAAUACACAAUUUGGAGCCCCAACAGCCAACCAAACAGGCCUGACCACAGGAUUUGCUUUUGGUGCCAGCAAUGCAAAUGAGAGCAAGCCAGGUUUUGGAGGGAGUCUGGUUCCAGCAUUUGGACAGAGUUCAUCUUCAACGCCUAUGUCCUUUGGAAGUCCCACCACACCAGCUUCAGGCUUCAACAACAUGGUCCCCUCAACACCCUUUGGUUCUGCUACACCAUCUUUCUCAAUUGGUUCUGGUUCAAAGCCCUCUGGCAGACAGAGGUUACAGGCCCGAAGGCAGCAUCCUCGGAAGAAAUAAGGAAAAAGCAGAAAAAGCAAAGAAUUUUAUCCAUCAGUAUUCUGCAAAUAAUGUGAUGAACUCAAAUGAUGACCAUUCUUCUUGACUUACUUGAACAAACUACUCUAAUAGUGGACUGGGUGCUGUACAUAUCUGCUUUCUUCUGACCUCCUUUGUGUUUUCAUAUUUUUACUGCAUUCUUUUCAGUCUAUUUUGUAGCAUCCGUUCAUGUUCUCACGCCCCUAGGCGUAUGGGUGCAGGGUGCAAGGUUGCAGGAAAUGCUUGCUUUUUGGAGUUGUAAGAAACCUGGGCAAGAAGGAUUUAUACCUUGGAGGACGGGACUAGCACUUUGUUCAAACUUUUGAGGGUGUUUGCUUUGCCGCUUUUGUCUUCUCUUUCUGUUUUUCAUUGUGGUAGACUACCUCUGCUGCCCUGUUUGUUUGUUUUGUUUUUUUUUUUUGUUCUUUAAAGGCAUGGUGAUUUAUCCCCACCACCCCCUGCCCCUCCUAGGACCAAUGCCACAUAUUUCAAUAUUUUAUAGAUGGUAAAGAACUUAAUCUUUCUUUUUGUAGUUUAAGAAGCAGUUUAAUUUUAGAAAAGUCUUCUUAGUCUCCAGGUACUCCUUCCCACUGCAUACCCCCAUAUGCCAUUAAAGUACAUAUUGCUGCUGGCCUGUCUGUUCUUCUGUAUAUUCUGGUAUAUGGAUAGAGUUAUGUUAAACUCUCAACUCAUUAUUGUAAUUAUUAUUGCUAUGAUAAUUGUCUCUCAUUGAAUCAAGUUUGGAGGAAAGUAUGAUGAAUGGCGGCAUAUUGGUAGUGCCGGACUCGAUUUUACCUUGGCGGGGGCUUAGGGUCGUGCAUUUGUAUGGGGACGGGGUGGAUGAUUAUUUCUGAGCGAGACUGUAGUGUUACAUUAAUAUAUUUGUAUAAUAUGUAUUAUAUAUUUAAAGCAAAAAUGUGAUUAAACAAACCGGCUGCCUCGCCUUUGCACUGGCCAGUGGGGUUUUGUGCUGUUGCUAUGUGUUGUAUGGGUGCGAGGGAGCGGCCAGCUGUGUUCCAGUAAUGUGAGAGUCAGACGGCUGCUUCUUUACUCGAGCACAGGAGGAUGAACCGAUUUGUCUAAGCCCUCUCGCUGAAACAUAUUAACAGACGCACAAAUGGCCCGCUCCCUAGGGCAUUGUCAUUGAAGUAUGAAUGUGUGUGAUUGGCGCAAAAAAAAAAAAAAAAAUCUUCCAAAAAAUAAAUUUAGGCACCAGGCCAGAAAAAGUCAAAGAGCUCUAUUUUUAUAUUAAAGGAUGUUGCCUUGUGUUCCUUCAAGCUGGGUUCAGUGUGAAGAGAUGCUGUUAGUUUAGGUCUUACCUUUUCUGUUACGAAUCGUGUGUGGUUUCUAUUUCUUACAGUGCAUGUAUGAGCAGCGUGAGUGUCCAGGACAUUGUGCUGAAAUUGUAAUGCCUCCACCAGCGGCUGGUAAGAAACCAGUGUGAGCCUGGGUAUGCCAAGUCCAGCCAGCACCGAAGGGGUCAUCAUUCAGCACUUGGCUUGAACUGGCUUUGUCUCCCAAUUCUUCUCCUCCUGUUAGUUUUUUAUUUUUUUUUUUAAUCACCUUUGGAGUCUCGUGUGUAAUGUUGUAAAUAGUGAAAGUGGGUGAUCCUGUGCUGACUGCUGUCGUGUUUGCAGAAUGUGUGAUUAGGCCAGAGUGGCCGCUCUCUUAGCAUGAUGGGAUAUGCUCACAUGUUGUAGCAUAAAUACACCUUUUAAAGUCAAAAAUGAAAUGUUGAUGUCCAGGAGUAAAAUUAACCUUAACCCUUCAACAGGCUCCGUAUGCUGCAGCUAGUGCUUAAACCGAUGCAUUGCUUGUGGCAGAGGUAUACAUGUAAACCGGCCCAUUUGAAAUGAUCCAAGUUUGGGCUAGCAAAGUUGAUAGCAGUUGGAACAAACUACUUGCGGGGCUCUGAAGUGCCCAAUUGUCUAUCCUGCUGUCCUGAAAUUAAUUGUGCCCAGCUAUGCAUAUCCCAUUAAUGGAUGUUUGCGUCAUUUUUGUGUCUUACCUUUCCCUUGGACUGAUGGUGUGCAGAGUGAUUGCAAAACAUGACUAUGUAAUAUAGUUUCUCAUUAUGUCAUUAAAUGAUUUUAAAUAAAAUUGUGAUUCUUCUA